CCCUCCCCUGCCCUCGCAAGGAGAAAGCGGGCGACGAGCUCUCUCAGCCGGUGGGGCCGAUCCCACCGCCCGCAGGGCUCAGGUCCCGUCGCUAUCGGACCCUCAGAACGCCGGGACGCAUUUCCGAGCUCGGGCCCGACCCAACCCGCUGCCAUUCUAGCUACCUCGUGGAGUCACGGAGAGACUCUUGAACCGUAAGGCUCCUUGAUGAGACGGUGGAGAGACCGCGGGGCUAUUCUCCAAGCAUCUUCCGGUCGCGCUCUGCUCCUCUCGGUGCGCUUGCGGCUUCUCCUUGGGCUGGUGCGUCCACAGUCCCUCCAAGUCCAGGCCGCAGUCACCCAGGUGGGGAGCCAGCCUGAAAGAGACAGCGGAAGGAGUUUCCUGGACUGCGCUGUAGCUCACCGACCCGCACCAAUCACCACGCAGCUUGCCCUCGGACCCGCCCCUUUUAGGGCGUGUCCCCAGUGAGUGAUAGACUGAGCAGCCCGGCCCCGCUCAGCCCAGCCCACGUUGCUGCUUAGAUUGAAAUGCAGAACUCAAGUCUCUUUCAUCGGGGCACAGACUUCCUUUUACUUCUUCCUUUUGCACUCUCGCCUCCUCCUCCUGGGAAGAAUCGGAGGCGCCGGCGGUCCGCCCGGGUAGCAACAGGCCGGGCCACUGACGCGGUGCGGAAAGUUUCUGUCUGGGAGUGCGGAACUGGGGCCGGGUUGGUGUACUGCUCGGAGCAAUGGAGCCAGCCUUUGGGGAGGUGAACCAGCUGGGAGGAGUGUUCGUGAACGGGAGGCCGCUGCCCAACGCCAUCCGGCUUCGCAUCGUGGAACUGGCCCAACUGGGCAUCCGACCGUGUGACAUCAGCCGGCAGCUACGGGUCUCGCACGGCUGCGUCAGCAAGAUCCUGGCGCGAUACAACGAGACGGGCUCGAUCUUGCCAGGAGCCAUCGGGGGCAGCAAGCCCCGGGUCACUACCCCCACCGUGGUGAAACACAUCCGGACCUACAAGCAGAGGGACCCCGGCAUCUUCGCCUGGGAGAUCCGGGACCGCCUGCUGGCGGACGGCGUGUGCGACAAGUACAACGUGCCCUCCGUGAGCUCCAUCAGCCGUAUUCUGCGCAACAAGAUCGGCAACUUGGCCCAGCAGGGUCAUUACGACUCAUACAAGCAGCACCAGCCGACGCCGCAGCCAGCGCUGCCCUACAACCACAUCUACUCGUACCCCAGCCCUAUCACGGCGGCGGCCGCCAAGGUGCCCACGCCACCCGGGGUGCCUGCCAUCCCCGGUUCGGUGGCCAUGCCGCGCACCUGGCCCUCCUCGCACUCCGUCACAGACAUCCUGGGCAUCCGCUCCAUCACCGACCAAGUGAGCGACAGCUCCCCCUACCACAGCCCCAAGGUGGAGGAGUGGAGCAGCCUGGGCCGCAACAACUUCCCCGCCACCGCCCCGCACGCGGUGAACGGGUUGGAAAAGGGAGUCCUGGAGCAGGAAGCCAAGUACGGUCAGGCACCAAAUGGUCUCCCAGCUGUGGGCAGUUUUGUGUCAGCAUCCAGCAUGACUCCUUACCCUACCCCGGCCCAAGUGUCGCCUUACAUGACCUACAGCGCUGCUCCUUCUGGUUAUGUUGCUGGACAUGGGUGGCAACAUGCUGGCAGCACCCCAUUGUCUCCCCACAACUGUGACAUUCCCGCAUCGCUGGCGUUCAAGGGAAUGCAGGCAGCCAGAGAAGGUAGUCAUUCUGUCACGGCUUCCGCACUCUGAUGGGAAAUUCCGUCUCCAGCAGCUUCACCCGGGUCUCCCCGUAUCAGCACCUCCUCCCCCAAUUCGCAGGUCUCACAUUCCACCCCUCCUGCCCUCCAACUCUCCUGCCUUGAAAGCUGGCUGUACGGACUCACAUCCUUUGUGCUGAUGAUACUUACAUAUUUCUUGCCAUAACUUUUCUCUUGCAGAAAAACUGACAUGACUUUAGAAUUUAAAAACAAGAGCAACAAUAAGCAUUGAAUGACACAUUGUGUUGCCCAUAUACUGUCUUAAUAUAGCAAAGAAACCUACACCCCUCAAAGGGUUUAAGGAACUUUACAAACUAGUCUUUGGUAAAACCACAUGUGUAUAUUUAUUCUAAAUCAACCUAAACUUUUGAAAUGUGCAAUUAUUGAGAUUUUGCAAAAUCAAUAAAGGAAAGUACUUAUAGAAAAAAAAUUAUGCUACACCCUCUAAUCAAAUAUGGUAACCAAGUAAGCUUUAAUUCAUCAUUACGAAACAAAUCAAUAAUUGACUUGUUUGAGUGAUCCUUUGUUUAUCUCUAAGACAUGACCUAUUUUGUUGAAAAAUAUAUGUAGAACCCAAGCAAUAUCUGAAUCUAGCUUUCCCUGGUGUUUUGACUUGGUUCCAAAUACAAUAAUGUUUAUAUUUUCUAUUAGUUUGUAAAUAUGGACUCUGGAUGGUGCAUUUGUGUCUUCAUUCCAUAAGAUAUUCCCCUCCCCCCAGCCCCACCCCCUUCUCUAUUUUUUUCUUUCUUUUUUGCAAAGGUGACUUUCUGGCAACGUCUUUGUCUCUGUUUGGUGGUGGGCUGCUCGGGCUCCUGGACCUGGACUUGCCCCCAAAUUUUGUGUAUGCAGUGAAGGCUUCAACAUCUCAUGAAGGACACUUUCUUUCUACAGCAGAGGACACGAAAAACAAAUAAAACAAGCCAGUCUCCCAUUUUGUACCUAAUCAAACAACACACACGCCAAGCAUAUAAAGACAAGAGGGUGGAAGAUAUCUGAACAAGAAGGCUCUAAAGAAAGUCACUUAGAAACUUAAGUUUAAUGUGAAAUGUUUUGCAAAGAUGCUUAAAAUGAACUUUGUGUUAAGAAAACCACUGUGAAACUAAAUUGUACUGUUACUGUUGGCUUACCUGUGUGUUCAGCAAUCUCAGCCCAAAAUUAUGUUGUAAUUUAAAGAAAAUGGAAAAUUCUGCUCUAAUGAAUGUAACAAUGGCUUGCUGUGAAGUUUACAUUGUUGUACAGAAGCAUGUAUCACAUGUAGGUAAACUGGUGGUGGUACUAGAAAUACAAUGUUAUUUAAUUUUAACAAAUUCCCUUUAUUCAUUUCUGAAAUUACAGAACACAGUUUAACUCAUAAA